CGAAGCUCUCAAGCAGGCCAUGGCCGAUCUCGCCGCAUCUGGAGACGCGCCAGAGCUCGGCGCACCUCUUCCUCCCUCCCGCCUCGGCACGCAGGACCACUGGAACUCGGUCUAUGAGCGCGAGGUCAAGAUGUUCAACGAGAUCGGGGACGAGGGCGAGGUCUGGUUCGGCGAGGACUCGGCGCAGGACAUGGUCGAGUGGGCAGAAGAGCACUUCCCUCAUCUCGACGGCCGCAUCCUCGACCUCGGCACCGGCAACGGACAGCUCCUCUUUGCCUUCUCGGCGGCCGGCUACACCUCCCUCACCGGCGUCGACUACUCGCCCCUCUCGAUCCAGCUCGCCGAGUCGGUCCUCGCCGCACGACUCGCCUCGGACGAGCACACUGUCUCGUCGCCGCCACCAUCUUUCUUCACCGCCGACAUUCUCGACGUUGCGCUCGGCGAGACGGUCCCGCACGUCACCGACUCGGAGGAGAAGUGGGACUUGGUGACCGACAAGGGGACGUACGACGCCGUGUGCCUCAGCGACGAGGUGCGGCAAGGGCGCAACCUGCGCGAGCUGUACGUCGAGAGCGUGUCGAAGCUGCUGCAGCCGGGAGGCCUGUUCCUCAUCACGUCGUGCAAUUGGACCCAGGCCGAGCUCGAGAAGGCGUUCGUUACCCCGGCAUCAGGUCUCAGCGUCCACUCGCACGUGCCGCGAGCGAGCUUCCAGUUCGGCGGCAGUACAGGGUCGAGCAUCACGACGGUGGCGUUCGAGAAGCAGUAGCCGCAUGAGCAAUAGACGUGUCCAUCUUUGGG